AGAGUGACGACAGGGCUCUAAACUUUCACACACCGGUGAUACUUUAAUUCAUCCGUCUUCAUCUAGAAAGAUAUGUCAGUGUCCUUAAGAGUACAAAAAUUUUUUUGUUAUCAUUCAUAAUAGUGUUAGAUUUCGCUGACGAGAACGCGUCUCUUGGUUUUAAAGCUUUUUGUUUGUUUGUUUCAAGUGCGGAGAUUUAGGAUAGCCACACGUUAAAUGGACGCAUGCGGGUCGCGUUUAUAUACGGGAGUGUAAUAAACAACUUUUCAGUGUUGGGAAGAAAACGAAGAAUUAGCUUUCUGCUUCUUUUUGGACAUUCGUUGGCUUUUGUGUGGACGGAUUCCAGUGGACGGAAAAACUUCCACCCAAGUUUUCCUGCUGUUGGUCGUCGUGUGAUCCAGCAGGUGGAGAAACACGAGCCGCUGUUUCAUCAGGGAGAAAAACACUGGAAUCGAAUUAAAAAUAAAUCCGUUUUCUUCUGAAACUCCCUCAGGAUUUAAUUUCACGACUUGGUGGCUUAAAUAAGCAACUACCCAGAACUGGUGCUGAGGAGUUUGGCUGCUGGUUGUCAUGGCGUCGUCCUCGGUGAAGGUGGCGGUGCGCGUGCGGCCUUUCAACAGCCGAGAGACAAACCGAGGAGCCAAGUGUGUGAUCCAGAUGCAGGACAAGAGCACCUGUAUUACUAAUCCCAAACAACCCAAGGAUUUGCCCAAGAACUUCACGUUUGAUUAUUCAUACUGGUCACACAGCUCAGAAGAAGACCCAUCCUUUGCAUCUCAGAAGAAGGUCUAUCAGGACAUCGGCGAGGAGAUGCUGCUUCAUGCUUUCGAGGGCUAUAACGUGUGCAUCUUUGCUUAUGGACAGACCGGAGCAGGGAAGUCAUACACAAUGAUGGGAAAACAAGAUCCGGGGCAGCAAGGCAUCAUACCACAGAUGUGUGAGGAUUUGUUCAGACAAACAGCAAAUAACACUGACCCCGACCUGUCCUUCUCUGUAGAGGUUUCAUAUAUGGAGAUUUACUGCGAGCGGGUUCGGGACUUGUUGAACCCAAAAAGCAGAGGGUCCUUGAGGGUCCGAGAGCAUCCUAUAAUGGGCCCUUACGUAGAAGACCUCUCCAAAAUGGCGGUUACAAACUACAGCGAUAUCGCAGAUCUCAUGGACACUGGCAACAAAGCCAGGACGGUUGCUGCUACCAAUAUGAACGAGACCAGCAGUCGCUCGCACGCGGUCUUCACCAUCCUCUUCACACAGCGUCGACACGACCACAUGACCAGCCUGGACACUGAGAAGGUGAGCAAGAUCAGCCUGGUUGAUCUGGCAGGAAGUGAGAGAGCAGACUCAUCUGGAGCCAAAGGCUUGAGGUUGAAGGAGGGAGCCAAUAUUAACAAAUCUCUGACAACACUGGGUAAAGUCAUCUCAGCACUGGCAGACAUGCACGGCACAAAGAAGAGACGCUCUGAUUUCAUUCCCUACAGGGAUUCUGUGCUCACGUGGUUAUUGAGAGAAAAUCUAGGUGGAAACUCUCGCACGGCCAUGAUUGCUGCUCUGAGCCCUGCAGAUAUUAAUUAUGAAGAAACACUCAGCACUCUCAGGUAUGCAGACAGAGCGAAGCAGAUAAAGUGCAAUGCUGUGAUAAAUGAGGAUCCGAACGCACGUCUCGUCCGGGAACUCAAAGACGAGGUCAACAGACUCAAAGAGCUCCUGCUGUCUCAGGGACUCAGCAACCUCAUCACUGCCUCAGGGUCUGAAACGGGCCGCCCGUCUUUGGGAGUUGCAUCAAGUGAGCUCUGUCAGCCGUCGCUCUCAUAUGUACAGUCUACCUCUGAUGCACCGAUGGAGGGUGAGACGCCCGCUAGUCCAACUGAGCACAUCAGCCAAGAGGAGGCUGUGGAGAGACUCAAGGAAACCGAGAAGAUAAUUGCAGAGCUGAAUGAAACAUGGGAAGAGAAACUCAGGAAAACCGAGUCGAUACGACAAGACAGGGAGUCACUGCUGGCUGAGAUGGGUGUGUCUGUGAAAGAGGAUGGAGGUACAGUGGGUGUUUUCUCACCCAAAAAAACGCCCAACCUGGUGAAUCUGAACGAGGAUCCUCUGAUGUCAGAGUGUCUGAUCUAUUAUAUUAAAGAUGGAGUCACUAGAGUUGGUCAGGAGGAUGUGGACAUUCGUCUCAGUGGUCAGUUUAUAAAGGAGCUGCAUUGCGUCUUCUGCAGUGAAGUCAAUGAAAAUAACGAGGUGGUGGUGACUUUGGAGCCGUUAGUUGGAGCAGAAACAUACGUCAAUGGCAAACGCAUCAAUGACGGUGUUGUACUCAAACAAGGUAACCGUAUAGUGAUGGGGAAGAACCAUGUGUUCAGGUUUAACCACCCUGAGCAGGCCCGCCUGGAGAGAGAGCGCAGUGCCACACAGGAACAGCAGGGGGAGCCAGUGGACUGGAGCUACGCACAGGAAGAACUGCUGGAGAAACAAGGCAUUGACAUAAAGCAGGAGAUGGAGAAGAGACUGCAGGAUCUGGAGAAUCAGUACCGCAAAGAGAAGGAAGAGGCCGACCAGAUACUGGAACAGCAGAGACUAUAUGCAGACUCCGACAGCGGCGAUGACUCCGAUAAGAGGUCCUGUGAGGAGAGCUGGAGGCUCAUCUCUUCUCUCAGAGAGAAACUGCCUGCUAACAAGAUGCAGUCUAUCGUGAAGAAGUGUGGUUUGCCCAGCAGUGGGAAGAGGAGGGAGCCGCUGCGUGUGUAUCAGAUCCCACAGCGCCGACGCAUACCCGGCUCCCAGGAGCCCAAACACAGACUCAGCCUGGAAGAGCUUCGCACACAGGCUGUUAAAGAGAUCUGCUAUGAGGUGGCGCUUGGAGACUUUCGGCACACACGGCAAGAGAUCGAGGCCUUGGCCAUUGUCAGGAUGAAGGAGCUUUGUCGGACAUACGGGCAAAAAGACCCUCAGGAGCGAGAGACUUGGAAAAGUGUGGCGAAGGACGUAUGCGAGACUGUGGGCAUCGGAGAAGAGGAGGGAGACCGGGAGGAAAGAACAACAGCAGGAGGAGGAGGGAACGAGGGAGGAAAGACCGAUAUGGGAGAUCUCAAGGCUCAUAUUGACAAGUUGACUGAUAUACUGCAGGAAGUGAAGAUACAGAAUAAUAUGAAGGAUGAGGAGAUACGAUCGCUAAGGGAUCGCAUGGUGAAGAUGGAGAAAAUAUUCCCUGUCGAAGUUCAGGGAGACGAUGAGGACGUUGAAAUUGACGGGGCCAGAGAUGAUAAACCGGCAGCACAAGUCCACCGACGCGAUGAGGAUUCUGGGUACCGGCGGGGUCGUCAUCGUUGGCAGUACCCGGAGAAGUACCACGACCCUAAACGCCGCAGAGGAACCAACAAUCAGCCGAACAGCGUCCUCUACACCGCUCCCUCGGGACACUCUCAGAACAACCCGUUUAGUACAGCAUCAUCUCGGUUCUCAAAUCCAUCCUUCAAUCCUCAAAGCUCUCGCAACCCCAACGGGCCUUUCAUGCCAGGCACCGGACGCUUUUUGCCGCCUCAAGAGAGAAAGCUACAGUUCCCGUUUAAGAAUAAUCCCCAGCACAGAGGCUUCUUCUGGGGACCGUCUGCACACCAAGAAGGUGGACAGGACCCAUCGGCUCAGUCUACCACUGAUUUGGUUCAUACCUUCCAAUCUUCUCCCGUACCAAACAAGGGCCAAUGGCAACACAAUCAUCAUCAACAACAACGGCGCAAUCAGGGGAACUGGGGUAACAGGCAACGGCCACGAAACAGGGGACGCAAUCCAUUCGAUGGAUAUUUAACCAACGAGCAGGCUGGGAACGCUGAGCGGAGAGACGGUGGGCAGCACAAGCAAGGUAGAGCACGUUACACCUGGUACAAUCCCAAUUUUGCUUCAGAUCAGUCUGUUGGAGAUGGAUUCCAGCACUAUAACUACAACCAAAGCAGACAAGGUCUUUACAAACACCCCAACCACUACCAGCACCCUCAUACGCAGGACAACCCUCCAGAGAUGACCCGAUUUAGGUCUGAAGCCAAUCCCAAUCCACCUUCUGUCCCAGAUUACAACAACACCCCCAUGGAGACCUGAUUACAUCUGAUCUUGCGCGUUGUUCUCGGAAAGGAAACCUCGGGACCCUCAGAUACAGUGUUGUGGUUUGUUGUGGGAGGGUUUUAGAUGAUGAAAUGUGCAAUAACAAUGCUGUACGAAAGAAGACGAAACAUUUUAUGCACCAGAAUUUUUAUGUACAUAUUGCAGUUUCGACAUGUGCGCACAUAUCUAUAUGUUAUUCCGAUGUAUAUAUAUAAAAGUAGGUUAUCAAUUGAAAGCAUACGUAUUUGCAAGAGAAUUGAGGUUCUUAUGUCGCACAAUGCACUGCAACGUUGAUAUUAUGCGAUGGUUGAAUGAAGAUAUUUGGAGAGUUUUGUUGGAAAUCUAAUGAUUUUUACAUUGUGCCUUCUUGAAAAGCCAAAGAAUUUGGUGAUUUAUUAGCCUCAUAACCUUUUUUUAAAGUUGCUGUUUUUCCUCCUUUUUUAUCUUGCUGUUCAUUUAUGUCCUUUUAUUCUUGCAUCCUGAGGGGCAUGUGUUUUAGAAAUUGUCUUCUGUU